AACUGUACUGCAAAGAAUGUGCGCACGCGUCGGUAUAUACAGGCGCUUAUUUUAUUAAUUUUAACAUAGUUUCCUUCAAAUUAAUAAGAAAAAUAUGAAAUGUAUGAGUUAAUUAUUGAGUGUGUUUAUUACGUUAAUGUUGUGUGUUCAUACGUUUGAAAAAUAAUUCACUGUGUUAUAUAGAAGAUUCCAUUCCAGAAGGUAUAAUUUUUAUUAUAAGAUUACGUACGUGUAGGUACGAUUGACUUAUAGCAGUUGUUAUCAAGGUCGUUGCUUCCAAGUCAGUGUUGCUUGUUAUUUCUUUGAAAACUACCAUUUAAAAAAAAUAUGUCUAAAAUGGAGAUGUCCGAACGAUUUGAUAAACUUUUUGAAAGAAUGAAGUUAGAAUUCAAGAAACAGACAAUGGAACAAACUUAUUCUCUAACAACAAAUAUAUCAAUAAAAUUAGAAGCAAAAUUAAAACCGCUUCGAAAAGAGAAUCAAGAAUUAAAAGCAGAAAUUGAAACUCUGGAAAAGAAAAUUGGUUACCUUGAGCGGGAAACUAAAAGGAAUAACGUUAUUAUUUUCGGAUUGGAAGAAAAGGAAACCUGUAUUAGUGAACUUUUAGAAGCUGUAAGACGAAAGAUAUGCGAGGAUUUAAAAAUGUCUGUUUUGUGUAUUGACAUAAAUAAUGUUUAUCGAGUUGGAAAAAGGAACAAAAACUCCACUAAACCGAGGCCAGUUGUGGUUACUUUUGUUCACAAAUGGAAAAGGAACGAAGUUUUGAGAAAUAAAAAAAGAUUUAGGAACGUUUUUGUGUCAGAAGACUUUCCUAAAGAUAUUGUGGAGAAAAGAAGACUUUGGUUACCCGAACUAAAGGAAGAGAGAAAGAAAGGUAAAGUUGCCUACUUGGUGUAUGAUAAACUAUUAAUUAAACCUAGAAUGUUACAAAAUGCGACAAAAGAAGAAAGCGAAGAAGAAGCCGAAAAAAAAGAAGAGUUGUCAGAAUUACUUGAUGGCAUUGAAAAAUGUGAACAAGAAGAAGAGAAACCGCGGCGGCGUCGAGCAAAAGCCAUGAUAAAUAGAAAUAAUAUCUCUGAUGAAGACAAGAAAGACAAUGAUGAAGAAAAACCAAUGCGUCGUGCUAUAGCAAAGAUAAAUAGUACUAAUAGCUCUGAUGAAGAUAAGAAAAAUAAUGACGAAGAAAAACCAAGGCGUCGUGCAAAAGCAAUGAUAAAUCUAAAUGACAAUUGCUCAGGUGAAGAGAUAUUGGGAGAAAGAGCACUUAAAAACUUCAGACAUCAAUUAAUGUUCAACAAGAAAGAGAAUUCAAUAGAUGCAGACUCGCAGGAAGAUUUUGCGAAGUCAAAAACUGGAGCUAUAAAAAAGACUUAUAAAAAAGACGUUUUUUCUAAUGAUGAUAACGGUAAACCUCGACAUAAUAAAGCAGAAUCAGCGAAUAAUCACUUAGACAUUGAAUAUGUUCCACAAAAACGAAGAAUGGAUUAUUAAUGUUUUUAACUGGAGGAGUUAUAUUCUGGAUGACAUCAUGCUAUGAAUUAUGGUAAAUGUAGUGCGGGAACGCACCUAUCUAACUAAUUACACAGCUGACUAACUCAAUAUUGCUAUAACAUUUCUGUGUUACUUUGCAUGUGUCAUUUUUAUUUUCAUGCUUUUUUUAUUAAAAAGUGGCGAACGAAAAUAAACGCUCAGUAAUGGCGUACCUACAGUCGUGGCGUGUGGUUCCCGCCCUAGAAUAGGAUCACUCCAUAUCCUCCCGUGGAUGUCGUAAGAGGCGACUAAGGGAAUAUCAGGGAAUGGGCAGCAGCGUUCUCUAUAUAAUAAUUUCACACCAAUUACUGCGAUCACCAAACUAUGACAAGGUGAUUACUAGCAAGGCCUCUCAUUGGGAGAGGUUUUAAGUCCAACAGUGGACUUAUAAGAAUAAGAAUACAAGAGGUAGAUAUAUAAAUGUAUAUAAGUAAAUGUGUAUUUUUAGUUCAAAGUUGAAACCCACUGAUGCAAGAAAAUAAUAUUUGUAUAGUACAGAAAAUGGGCAAAAUAUUCUAUUUACUGAAUUAAUUUUUUAAAUAAAAUCACCAGUUGAUGAGAAUCGUGUGUAAAUGGUUCGUUGUAUCAGGAAAAUUAAAAGGUUUAAAACAAUGGAUAUAAUACAUUGCAGAGAAAAAAAUAUUGCAUAGGAGUUUCCUUAAAAGUUUUCAAUCAAGCGAUUUUUAUCCUUGAUAUAUGAACAAUAAAUUUGUAAGCGCAGAGAAUGGAAAAAAUAAUUUUAUUACAGAAUUGAGAACACAAAAUAGUGAAGUAAAAUUACUAGGUCUUUGAGAAUUUCAUUUAAAUUUAAAUAUAUCUUGGAAAAUUAUUAUAUGGAAAUAAUUUAAUCCUUAAUAAAUUUAUUAUCCAUGAUGUAACAAAAAAUAAUUUGUAAACGCAGAGAAUGGAAAAAAUAAUUUUAUUACAAAAAUGAGUGAAAAUAUUGAAGUAAAAUUACCAGGUCUUUGAGAUGUUUUAUUUUUAUAUCUUGGAAUAUUAUUAUGCUACGUGCGUAUGAAAAAUAUACAAAAUGGACUUAAAUUAAAUAUGGAAUGCUGAAAAUAUGUAAGGUAUUGUAAUGUAAAUUUAUCAUUGUUGUAUUGUAUUGUAUAUCGUAUUAUUAUUGAUGGAGACACAUUCACUAAGUGUUAAUUUAUUUAAUUCGUCUUUGAAUCAAGAAAAAACAUAUGAAGCACAGAGAAUGGUUAAUGACAAUUUUAAUGGAAGAGAAUAACCAGUAAAGUAAGAUAAUAGUUAUAAGUUACGAAUUUGAUUAUAUUUCGUUUCGCAAAAGUAAGUUUGCGAACAAACAAAUAAGUGUCGUGUGGUGUCCGGCCUAAAAUAGCACCACCCCAUUUCCUCCCGCGGUUAUCGUACAAGGCGAUAAAGGGUUAUAGAGGUUGAGCAACAGCGUCGCCUCUCCAAAAUAUUUUAAUGUCACCUAACCAAACUAUGGCAAGGUGGAUAUUAGCAAGACCUUCCACUUGAAGACGUGUUUGGUCUAGUCUUGGACUUAUUUCUGACAAAUAAAAGAAGUAGAUAUAUAUGUAUAAAUAUACCAUGUAUGUGUGUAUUUUUUGUUAACAAGGAAACAAUGUUUCAAUGUUUUAAAAUGAUUUUUUUAUCAAAUAAAAACACCACUUGAUGAGAAUGUUAUUAUUUAAAUUAUAGUAACAGAAAAAAAACAAAAUUAAUUGGAAUCUUAAUAGAUUAUCGUAAUCAGUUUUUAUCCUUGACAUAACAAUACUAUUUAUAAGCACAGAGAAUGGAAAAAACUUUUAUUAUGAAGUAAAAUUACCAGGUCUUUGAGAUGUUUUAUUUAAUUUUAUAUCUUGGAAAAUUUGAAAAGCCAACCUUUAUUAUUGUUGAAUUGGAUAUUAUUGUAUUGAAGACAAAUUCACUAAGUAUCACUGUAAGUAAUAGAAAACCAAACAUUUCAGUUAAAGAUAAGCUAGAUGUUAGAAGUACUUCUUCAUCUAAACUCUCAAGUAAUUAUGAAACGGAAAAUCUUUUUUUAAAUAAAAUGUACCUAUAUAAAAUUGUGAGUGAUUUAUGAUAACAAUGAAUCUGUUUUAUUGGUUGAUCUCAAAGAUGUAAUGUCAGAAACAAUUUGUAUCUGAGAAGAAAAUAUAGAAUGAUAACGUUUUACUACGUCAGAGAGUGGCGGGAAUGCCCCACGGACACUAAAAUGACAAAGAACAAAAAUCGAACAGAGGAGACAUAUUUUAGAAAUGUAUUUUAUCUUAAAAUGAUAACAUUAUGUUUAAUGGAUUCGUUAUGUUAAAACGAUUUUAUGAUUUUUUAGUUUACUAACAAGCUUUUUAUGUUAUGCUAUUUGGUGUUAUUGCAAUAAAUUUUAAUGAUGCUUAUAAGCAA